UAAACGGAAAUCAUAGUCUUCCCGCACAAUUUCAUCGUUUCUCCCUCGCUCUCGCUCUCACCCUCGCUCUCUCUGAUCGAUGAAUCCCCAAACGCUAAGAUUUUCGACCUCCGACACCGCCAUUCCGUUCGAGAAGCGCCUCCGGUUGUUCCCAAGUUCCCGAUUUCACGUUUUUCCGGUUUUUUUAUGUAGCGAUGUCGCGAAAUCUCCCCAUUUCAUACGCAGCAAGCAUGGAGUGGCCGCGAUCAGGAACUGCAAAGAUCUCGUCUCCUCGGUAUCGCGGAGGAUCGACCCCAUCUCCCAGAGAGAGGUGGGAGCUCCCCGCGUCGGAAAGACAGUUGACAUCGCGACGCUAGGGAACCUCUGUGUCGAUAUCGUUCUUAGUGUGCCCAGUCUCCCUCCAACUUCCGCCGAUGAGAAACGCGCCUACAUGGAGCAGCUCUCUGCGUCCCGUCCCGACAAGAAAUACUGGGAAGCGGGUGGCAAUUGCAACUUGGCUAUUGCCGCAGCACGAGUGGGGCUUAGGUGCCUGACGCUUGGUCUUGUGGGCGAUGAAAUUUAUGGAAGGUUUCUUGUGGAGGUGCUCGGUGAAGAGGGUAUCGGCAUGGUGAAGAUGAACGAAGAUGCCGAAACUUCCGCCAGCAAUGGAAUAUCAUAUGAAACACUUCGUUGCUGGGUUUUAGUGGAUCCACUACAAAGGCAUGGGUUUUGCAGCAUUCAUGAUUUUAGUAAGGAACCUGCAUUUGGUUGGUUGACAAUGCUUUCUGGACAAGUGAAGAAGGCCAUUGGACAGUCAAAAAUUUUAUUCUGCAAUGGUUAUGCCUAUGAUGAACUUUCUCCCGACUUAAUUCUUGCUGCACUUGAGUAUGCAAGACAUGUUGAGACGGCAGUGUUUUUUGAUCCUGGUCCUCGAGGAAAGAAACUUUUCUGUGGUUCCCCUCAACAGCAGAGGGCACUUAAAAUGUAUCUAAAGAUGAGUGAUGUUCUUCUUUUAACUGCAGAUGAGGCCGAGUCUCUGACUGGUGCUACAAACCCAAUAAGGGCAGGACAAGAAUUGAUAAGAGAAAGCAGUCAUACUAGAUGGGUGAUAAUCAAAAUGGGCUCCCGAGGAUCUCUUUUGGUCACAAAGUCAAGUGUCUCCUAUGCACCUGCUUUCAAGGUUGAUGUUGUUGACACAGUUGGCUGUGGUGAUAGUUUUACUGCUGCAGUUGCAUUUGGCUUUCUACAGAACAUCCCACCGAUGAAUACUCUUGUGCUUGCCAAUGCAGUUGGUGGUGCAACUGCAAUGGGUUGUGGAGCUGGUAGGAAUGUUGCUAGCUUGGAGAAGGUAAUAGAAUUAUUGAAAGCCUCAGAUCUUAAUCUUGAAAACUUUUUGGGGGAAAAGUUGGUCGAAGACGAUUUGGAGACAGACUUGGUUAUACUCUCGAAGAGCAUUCCAAAUGGUGUUGGAGAUAAGAUUAAGUGCGUCUCUGUGGAGAAGGUUGUUUGUGAUCUUAUGCCAAGGCUCCAGAUUAAGCAAAAAGGAGCAAUGGCGCCAUUGUGAUGAGAGGAGACUUACUUCUUCUUUGCUCAAGUGGACAUACGGAAACUAAAACCUUCUGAUGGACUUUGUAUUCACGCUUGAUGGGAUAUACUGAAUCGUUUGUAAGAGUUCUCCUUACAUGACCAAGGCAGGUGCACUUCUCCCCUUUUCCCCCACCCCAGAGCAAAGGGGACGCCUGCUGUUAGGAAGAGAUGAUAUUGCCUUGUCAAGGUAGACGAUAUUUGAACCUGUCUCCUAGAAGAGGUACGUGUGAUGUCUCAGCAGCAGGCUAGAACCUCGUGGGGUUGUAACUUUGUUGCCUACAUGCUGAGGAAACAUGGUGCGUAUUGCAUAUUCUGAGAUCUCAAAAUUAUUGGUAAAAAUCUGGGUAUGAAAAACUAGGUACCGUUUCACAUGAAAUUUUUUAAAGCAAAAGUCGUGAGUUAUAUAUAUAUAUGUGUGUGUGUGUGUGAGAGAGAGUGAGUGAACGAUUGCUGGUUAUCUAAAGUCACCAAGCCAUCUGACCUAAAGCAGAAAAGGAGCAAAAUGUGUAAACUAAUCUGUUAACUUUUUUUUUUUUCUCUUUUAACCGUCUAUUAUGUUGAAUCGGAUGGUGUAGAUUAGAUGGCUGAGUGAUCACCAUUCAAAUUUUUUAUACUUGUUUUCCUCUAAAAUCACUCAGAACCAUUCAAAUUUUCUAUACUUAUUUUCCUCUAAAAUCACUCAGAAAAGUGCAGAAAACUCUUUAAUUAAAGGUACAUUUCUUUUUUAUUAGUUGCUAAAUGAUCUUGAAUGUAGCUGAUGCAGAUUGGUUCUCUGUAUCCUUUGGUCCAAGGUGUAUGGAUCCUAAUAUUGACGGUACUGCUUGAAACAACUCCAAGUGGCUAAAGAACUGUCGAAUGGUGCAGCGUAGCCAAUUGAAUAAAGAUUAACAUUGAUAUAUGUUCUCAAUCUUAUUUUAAUUUAUAUUUUUAUUUUCCUGGAACCGAUGUUUGAAUAAUUUUUCAGAACUAGACUCUUUUGGUGUGUC